UGACGUAGUGUGCGUUUAGGUGGAACGCAAGUGAGAGUUGUGCGUUCCAGGCAGCCAGGUGGUCAGCAUGGGGAAGCUGAACGUGGUUCUGCUGCGGUAUUUGUCCAGAGAUGACUUCAGAGUGCUGACCGCGGUUGAAAUGGGCAUGAGGAACCAUGAGAUAGUGCCCGCCAGUCUGAUCGCCUCCAUAGCCAGCCUGAAACAUGGCGGCUGCAACAAAAUCCUACGGGAGCUUGUAAAGCAUAAGCUUGUUGCAUAUGAGCGCACGAAGACUGUUCAGGGCUACCGGCUGAUUUAUGGUGGAUAUGAUUACCUGGCACUGAAGACUCUUUCAUCUCGCGACAUCAUCAAUUCGGUUGGCAACCAAAUGGGUGUUGGUAAAGAAUCGGAUAUCUACAUUGUUGCAAAUGAAGACGAUAAACAGCUGGCAUUAAAACUUCACCGACUUGGAAGAACGUCUUUUCGUAACCUUAGAAACAAGCGAGACUAUCACAAGCACAGGCAUAAGAUGUCUUGGCUCUAUCUGUCUCGUCUGGCUGCUAUGAAGGAGUUUGCAUACAUGAAGGCAUUAUAUGACAGAGGAUUCCCUGUACCCAAACCCUAUGACUACAACAGACAUGCCGUAGUGAUGGAGCUCAUAAAUGGCUACCCCUUGUGCCAAAUCCGCCAUCUCGAAGAUCCAGCAGCGUUGUACAAUGAAUUAAUGGAGCUGAUCAUCAAGCUUGCCAAUCACGGUCUAAUCCACGGGGACUUCAAUGAGUUUAAUAUAAUGCUGGAUGACGAAGACCACGUCACCAUGAUUGAUUUCCCCCAAAUGGUGUCUACAUCUCAUGCAAAUGCUGAAUGGUAUUUUGACAGAGAUGUGAAAUGUAUUCGAGAUUUCUUCAUCAAACGCUUCAAUUAUGAAAGUGAACUUUUCCCUACCUUCUGUGACAUCCAGAAAGAAUGCUCCCUUGACGUAGAAAUUGAAGUUAGUGGCUAUACCAAGGAAAUGCAGGAGGAUGAUGCGCUCUUACAACCAGCUGGUCCAGAUGAUGCCGAGGAGGAAGAUGCCGAAACAGCCUCUAUCCCACCGAAUAAAGAUGGCGAGUCGGAAACCAAAAGCAGCGAGGAAGAAGACCCAACAGUAUUGGAAGCUACAGACAGACCCUCACUCCAAGACUCUGAAAGCAAAAGCAAGAGUGGCAAGUGCGGACCUAGCUUAGACAUGACAGAAUUUAAUGACGCUUUAGCUGAGCUAGAAGGAAAGACUGUUGAAAAGAAUGAUAAGAAAACCACUGAAAUCUCUGUCCCUACUGAUGAAGGAAGUAACAGAAUGGGACAUGAGGAGCUAAGCUUAGAGGAAGAUGUUGGCAACCAAGGAAGUAAUGAGUUUGAGGAUCAUGAAGAUGACUGUCCAGAUCUUGUGCUUCUUUCUGGGGCUAACAAAGAAUACAGACCAUUCAGAGAUGAGGACAGCUUACAACAUAUCAACCAGCACCGUACAAGAACCACGAGUGUGACGUCUAUGGGUGCAGUCAGCAGCUGUUCCACAAUCCCAUCAGAACUGGUGAAGCAGAAGGUGAAGAGGCAGCUGACAAAGCAGCAAAAAUCUGCCAUCAGAAGACGUCUGCAAAAGGGAGAAGCCGGUGUGUUCACAACGCAGCGCAGAGACAACAUGUACAACAUCAAAUGUAGUGUCGACGCUGCCAGCUUCUGGGGAUAGAUGGCCUCAGCUUUUUUACAAUGAUAUCUAUGCAGUUGCUUCAUUAAAAAAUAUUGAUAUGUAUUUUAACACUUAAUGAAUAGAUUUCUUAAACCUGGA